AUGCCGCAGGGGGAGACCCGCCCGCAGUGUCAGCGCGCGCUUGCAGAAAGGCGCGUCGGCGAGCAACCGCCACACAUGCACGUCCAGUACGCCCCCUUUCUCCCACCCACCCCGUACAAUAUUGCCGCCUUACUGGGUGAUGCCGAGAGCGGCUACGAGGCCGCUGCCGUAUACUCGUGCUCCGUCACCGACCCCGGCCUGGUGGACGGCUUCUUCGUUCUUGCAAGGAGUAUCAACCGCCCCGAGGUCGUCAUCGAGAACCUGUCUAGCCAUCUAAGCUGUAUUGGAUAUCCGCUAAGGGAGCCGUUUGUCCAGUCGUAUCUGGGCGACGAUUGCAAGUAUUUCGAUGAUGGUGAUGGCGUGGUUGAAGUCAAUAUGUUCGAGCCGGAUGAGGAUGGCAUGCCGCCUGAGGAAGAGGAGGAGGAGGCUACGGCUGGGGAGACCGCGGAACCUGAAGGAGAUAUGGAAGAAUGA